UAAAAUGGCUCCUUCAGGCGGCUGAGGUUCGCCUGGGCCGUGGGUGACGGCCCGCGUCCCCCUCCGCUCUCUGCGUUUCUCCGGCACACGGUGGCUUGUCCCAUCGCCCCGGUUGGGUGCGGGCCCCGGGCCCCGGUGCUGCGGAUCGGCCCCUGCCCGCCAGUGCAGGUUGUUUCUGUGAGAACGACGCUGCUGUAGCCCCCGGGGUUUCUGCCCGCUGCUGUUUCCCUCCCGCGCUCCCGAGCCGCCCUGUUGCCCGCCGGGCCCGCGGGUCGCUGCUCUGCCCCUCCCCGUCCCCGCUUCCCGGGCCGGGCAGCCGAGGCCUCCUCCCGCCCGAAAGAGGAGGGACCCCGCGUCCUUUUGUGCGAGGUGCGCUGCUUCCCCUGGCUGCAGGAGCGGCCUCUGGCCGGGCCCCCUCCGGCCAUCGGGGGGGUCCGGCUGUCGCUGUUAAACCAGUGAAACUCAUCGAUCGCGCAGCUGGAGGGCUUCGGACGAGCUGCUGUGGCUUUGUAACCUCGUUAGGACUGUGUCUUUUUCCUCUAAUGGCUGCAGGUGUUCACGUACACGUGUGACAGGUCUCUUCUAUGUUCGUUGUUUUGUGGGUUUUUCUUAGGGAUGAUCGAGGCAAGCAGGAAUUAGAAACUGCUUGAAACGGGAGUAAAAUGUAUGUUCAAGUCCUCCAUCACCAUUUAUUUUUUAAAGAAACUUGCAGAGAUUUUUUUGUGUUUUGAUUCUUUAGAGGAACACCUGAGCAUCCUUUUAGUGACUCUUUUUGAUGAAUCAGUGACAGUAGCUUUGCAGUUAUAUGUAGUUACUGUCUGGAGAAACAAGCAAUGAAAUUUUGGAAGAACAGUGUCAUAUUCCAAUAAUUAUUUUUACACGAGUAUUGUUGCCCUUUUUAUGGUGUUAGUUAAAAAAAAAAUAAAUUCCGUAGGCCGAAAGUUCUUUACCUGGCUGUGCAAUGACUGCUGCUGCUUCCUCGGGGAGGUGAACAAAACCUGUUCUUGUGUUGAUUGCUUGGACAAAAGGUGGCUGUGUAGCUAAGAUCUAUUCAGGUAAAUAAACUAAUCUCUGAAGGGGAAAUAGCUAAGUCUCAGAAAGUUAAGCAACGAGUAUACUUAGUUGGGGGGGUUGUUUGGUUUUUUUCUUUUUUUGUUUUUUAUUAUUACUUCAAUCUCCCAUUUUGCAACCAAUAUUUAUAUUUUUAAGAAUUGUUUUCUUGUCUGUAUUCCCACUGAGGGGUUAUUGUUAGGAAUUAAUUAUAUUAGGUUAAUAUCCAGAACAUUUAUAUUGGGUUCCUUGAUGGAUCUGUUGUUUGUAUUACAAAGCUGCUAUAGCUUUGUGCUUUCAGUAUUCACACUGCCUCCUGCCAAAGAUAGAAGUAAAAUAAUGUUUUCAGAGUAUGCAAAGUCUGAAAAGUCCUAUGGAGCGGUUUCUGUGACUGCUGUUUAUUAGUUGUUGGGGUUUUUUGUAUGUUUGGGUUUUUUUGUGGUGGAAAAUUUAUAUGUUGGAAAGAGCUGCUGACUGUGUCGAGUCUCUGUUUGGAAAACUUCUCUUUUUGCUCCAUAACACUGAGAUUUCUCAAUAAGUCUGGCAUGUGCCAGUGUCUUGUCUAUUGGUGUUUUUUAUAAUUGAACAUAACGGCAGGUACUUGAGUAGUUUGUAAUUUGGGGGAGUUGUGCUUCUAUUAAAGCACCUUUGUAAGUUUUUUUUUUUCUUCAGUAAUACUUUUUUAUUGUGAUGCUACUAAAAUACUUGAAAUAAGAAAUUUCAUUUCAGAGUAAUGUUUUACAUUUAACUUCCACUGAAAGUGCCCAUAGGCAUAAAAUUAAGCAUGUGCAACUUUGAGGCUGUAGUGUUUAGUUUGCUAUUCCCAGUUGGAUAGGACUCUUAUCAUGCAUUGAAUAUCCUGGUGCUUCAGUUUGCUCCAUACAGGCACGUGAACCUGAGAGUAAAGCAAAAAAUGUCACUGGGAGAAAGAACUGCAGAAACCAGAAAAAACUUUGUAAAGAACCCGUUUUCCUGGAAAUCGGCAAAAUAAGAGUUCUGAGUACCCUCUCCGUUCUUCCACCCCCCUCACGCUUAAGUACUGACUAGUGUGAUGCACUUUUGAAAAACUAAAUGCCAAAGGAGUAAGGGGGCUUUAAGUUCAGUUUAUGCCCUUUUGUGUUUUACCUGUGUAGAUGCACAUUGUCCCAAAACACUUCAAUGAAAGUUGAGUAUGAUCAGGAUUUUUUUUUUAAAAGCUUAUUUUAUCAGCAUUAAGAUAUUGUCCACAUAUGUGCUUUGCCUCUAAUUUAUUAUUUUUAAAUCAUAAUGUUGAUUAAUCUGAUCAGGAAAUUGAAAAUAAUUAUGGAAAUAACUUGUCAAUGAAAUUGCUUAAUUUGCACUAUUUAAAAACUUUCAUUUCUAAAGUAUUGGGUAAAAUCAUUGUAGAGCUUUUUUUCCUUCUUGAGCUCACCCAUCUCUUUAUUAAAUUCUUUUUUUAAGCAAAUGCUAACCAAAUAUGCUCAUAUUAAUCAACAUCCACUCUGGUUUUGUGUCAUUUUGUUUCAACUUCAGCAAGUUCUCUAUUAAGAAUGUGGCUGGUUGAACAGAAGAAUCCCCCUCCUCAAGCAUGAUGAUUUCAUGGAAAGAAAUUGACAGAAGAAUUAAAAAUAUAGUGGAUGUGCUAGAGCUAAGUUUAUGGACAUUAAGAAUAAAAAAAUAUUUUAAGUAGUGCUUGUUAUCCAGUGACUUGGUUUUGGAAAAGUCGAAGUAUUUUAUCACCACUGAAUGCUUUUGGUGAGGAAGUUAGACAAAUGACGCUUUUUUUUUUUUCUUUUAUUGUUGUCAGGUGACAGGCAACUCUUAUUUCCUUUCAUACUUGUCAUUAUUUUAAAUAGGGUGUUGUUUAUUUAGUAUGUGUUCUGUGGUACAACUUAACAUGUUUCCCAGAGCAGCGAACAAGAGGGAGUCUAAACAAAUCUGCACUUCAGUAGCUCCACGUGAAACUUUGAUUAGUUUUUUUCGAGCUUCUGAUAACAUUUGUUGUAAAGGUUUAGUAGUUUUGUACCAGUAUUAAUGUGCUGUUGGUCUAAAUAGAUAAAAUUUUUUAACAGAACAAAGGUUGAACUCCCAUUUUAUAACUGUGUAUUGGUUCUGUUCCUUCCUUCUAAUGAGAUGUCUCUUUCUGCUCUGUGCAGAAUGUUACAGUGAGCUAAAUAGUAAAAACUAAUAAAGCACUUCAAGAAAUGUAUGACUUUGCACGUCAGCCAUCUUGUUGAAGGAAGUAUGCAUAAUUCCUAGGUAUGUGAGAAGCUUUUGGGUUAGUUUAGCUGUGAAAGUGCCUUAUAUUUUCUUCAUGAAGCUUGUAUGCAAAAUACUUAACUACCUGUGGAAUUACGUAACUGAUCAACUUUGAGAUAAUUUCUUUGCCAAAAAACCCACAAACGGUGCGGGGGUCGGGCUCGUUUAGCUAUUGUAUUCCACUCUCCUGAAGUGGCAGUGUGCCACCUCUGAGCAAAGGAAGGCGUAUUGCUUUCCACACCUUUUGAAACACAGGCACAAUGUGUGCUUAUGCUCAGGGGUUCUGUGUUCACUUGGAGAGUGCUGUGAUCGCCCUGUGGUGUCUAAUGACCGGUGUGGGAAACAAGAGUUUUUCUGAAAGUCAGGGGUUUAUUUUUCUUUUAAUUUUUUUGUUUGUUUGUUUUAAUCGAGCUUAAUAAAUUCUAGGUUGUUCUGGACCAUGUCAGCUGGGAAGACUGCUCUUUUUGAAAACAAAUUCUUUUUACCAUCUUCCGUGUGUGGUAAAGGAGUGACUACAGAAGCCUCCCUGAAGAGGUGUAUUUUCAAGCCUCAGUGAGAAGAUCAACUUGUAAUUUCAAAAAGUUUAUUACUGAAGCCUUUUUUCCCCUCCCCUUUUCAUAAAGAGGAACAUUGAGAAAUGCAUAAAGUUUACUUAUUUUGGUAACUUUUAAAAUAUACAUGUCUUCAAGGUAGCAAAACUUACGAGAUGCUUUUUAUACAGAAGUUUAUUAUGUAUACUAUUAUAAUAUUUAUAGACGAAUAGCUACUUAAGGGAUCAGUUUUGGUUUUAUUAUAGAGUAACAGGGCAUAGUAUGAAGCAAAAAUGAUUUAACUUCUCUUAUAAAUUUCAGGGAAAGUUGGGAGAUUGCUGUCAAAACUGUUUAAAAUGUCAUCUUUUCUCACAAGUGAGAUGUCACUAACUUGACAGUUUCAUCUAGUGAACGUAGGCUGCUGCUAAAUUCCUUUUUUUUUCCUAACAUUUUUCUGUCCCCUUAGAGAUUGACUUCUUUUGUGGUUUUUUUUUAGUUUGGAUAGGAUUUUUUAGUGGGAUUUUUGGAAACUCUGAACUAUCAUUUUACUGACUUAGUGGUAUUGCUAGACUGCUUGUUGUCCUGUCCUUUUUUCACCCCAUGUGUAUUUCCUCUUAAGAGGGCCAAAUGAAUUUCAUUUGAAAUUUCUGUGUGAUUUAAUGAUUUUUUCCUUUCCAUUUCAUUUCCCGUGCUUUGUUAGAGAAAGCCUAGUUUAAACUUAUUUUGUUCUUUUUAUUUAGCAUCUUGCUCUAAAUUUUGAUACCUUUCAGUCAUACUCUGAAAUGGUAAGGUGUGAGUUGAGGGUAAGGCAUGACAGAAGUUCAGGACAGAAGAGUAAUGUAAAAGAAUAGGUUUUGGUGGGGUUUUCUUUUGUUUGCUUGGGGUUUUUCAUGGGGGACAGGAGCAGGUUGUUAUUUUGGUUUUUUGUUGUGGUUACCUCCCCCAUGUUCUUUAUCAUAUCAUCUUCUCUUGGUGAGUGAAAACUGAAAGAAUACUUCUGAAAGACUUCUGCAAUUCUACUCUGUGUGAAAGUGUUGUAAAUGCUUUUAAAAUAGUAAUUAUAUUGGAAAGUAGGAAUUAUUUUGAAGGAUGCAAGGAAGAUAAGUGAUAGAACUUACAUCAGUUAAACAGCUGUACUGGUAUGGAUGAAAUACAUGGACAUGGCUGAUGUCUUGCUCAGGUGGAUCAUCAAAAGUUGUUGAUAGUUCUUCAGUGACUGGUUUUAUGUGAUCAUGAGGUAAUGGGGAGAGAUCCUUACCACUUCAUUUUGUAGUUAUUUCUGGGAAGAGAGAAGGUGGCAAGGAUUAAAAAUACUCUUCAAUGCUCUCUUUAAAUGCUUUUAAAUGCUCCUCUUAUCAGUAACUGAAGCUGCAGACCUUGGAUUUUGUGUUUGUCUACAAUAACUUCUUUGGCUCCAAGUUCCAAUUCUUGAUGAAUCAUUAGUUGUGUUUCCUGGUGUGUAUCUUAUUCUGAAGAAGCACCCUGUUACAAUUGAAUUGGGUUUUUUCUGUAGUUAUUAUUUUAGGUGAGGGGUUGGUAUGUUUUUUGUUUGUUUUUGUUAGGGUUUUUUUUUGGUUUUGUGUGGUUGGCUUUUUUGGGGGUAGGGGGAGUGUUAGCAUUUGUUUUGAAAGGGAAGUCUGAUCUUACAAAUAUUACAAAGUUAGCUGUUGCUUCUAUUCCUGCAGGCAGUAGUGACAGCAGAUCUAGGUGGUUUGACAUGGUGACAGUGGCCAGUCAGUCAUUUGGCCCUUAAAUGACUGAGCAUCUUCAGAGCAGAAAGAUAAGAAAGUGCUGAGGAUCCAGAGUGCAGUAUUUAGUUUCUGUGGUAAUGAUGGAGCUAAGAUCCAAAUGUAUAGGUUGCUUAAGAAGUAGUACAGAAUCGAGAGACUUUAGUGCUUUGGAUAGUAGAGGUGUCUGUUUUCUCAUGUUGAAGAUAACAUACAAUGUUAAAUAUUUUUGUCAUUCAUAUUGCAGAAUGGAUAUAAAUUGUUCAUGAAGAACAGUUGGGUUGGUAUAGAUUAAGAUACAGCUUGCUAAUUGUUUCAUUAUAGUAGGAAGUAGAGGAAGAAAAUUCUCUAAAAUCUUCCUUUGUGACUCCUUGGAGCUCUGAAUCUCUUAAUCCCUGCCUGUAGUCUUUCUCAUACAAAUCUUAUUAGGUACUUUUUCAGCAUCAUCCUUAAGUCCUUAAAUUCUUGCAGGUUACUGUGAUUCCAUUUGUCUCUCCUUUUGAAGCUUUGUAGGAGGUAUAACUAGAUGAUCUAUGUUGCAUCAGAAGAUGAGAUGUAAUUGCUUGCCAAUGACAGGCACAAUGUGCAACUGCUAUCAGGUAGCUUCUCUUCAGCUGCAAUUUACAUCUACAGUUAUUUGGUUGAGGAAGCUUGAAAUAUGUAGGAAUUAAGGCUUUUGCCUGUGUCGCUCUAGUUUUGAGGUUGUAUGUUUGUUAGUGCAGCCCCUAAGGGUCUUAAACAGUUCCAAAAGGACUUGAUGUACAUUAAAUGAUGUCAUAUUUGGUUUUGGCAACUUUAUACAGAUUUGCUGUCAUAACUGAUAUUAAAAAAACUCUACAGGUGGUAAUCCUUAGGUGCUUCAGGUAAAUAGUUAAGAACACUAAGCCGACUUUUACAUUGUGUAGUAUUUUUAGCACCUCCCAACACUUCUAGGCUGUGCAGUGUCUAGGGAGUGAGACGGGGGAUGAUGGGUUGCUUUUGUCCAGGCUUUCAGAGUUCUUGUUCAAGAAUUGAUUUCAAAUGUAAAAGAUAUGGACAGUUCAAUAUCCUCAUGAAGAAGGGCCAUCUGAGGAAGCUUUUUAUUGAAGGGUGUUUUGUAAAUAUGAUGUCACUUUGAAUGGUUUUCUAUAUUGCUGGUCAGUUUUACUGGGGGGAAGUAGAAAUAAUUCCCAGAGAAACUGGCAAUUGUCGCAAGGGAUGAAGUAUAAAGGAAAGAAUUUAGGAAGCUAUUAAACAUUGAAGAAUACAAAACCAGAGGAGAGAUGAUGAAAAAUCAUGUUACUGGUUCCAAAACAAAAUUAUUUUAUCAUGAACAGUGGUUUUCAAAUGUAGAAACGCUAAAUAAAAUUUGGUAAUAUUUCAGUGAGUGUACAUAAUUUUUUCAGAGAAAGUACUGUAAUUAGCUUCACUGAUAUCCAUCUUAAUAAGGGUAACUAUUAUGCAGACCUGAUUAUAUGGUUCACCUGUCACAGCCAAGCAUUGAAUUUGGCCUUCAUUGUUGAAGUUUGGCAGGCCUGUCAUCCCAAUAGGUGACAUUCUCCAUGUGUCCCUUGUCCUUUUCAUUGAGGUAAAAGGGAAUGGUAGUGUGGCUAUAAUACUUGUUACUAGGGAGUUCUCAAGUUCCAUUUCUGGUGGACUUUCUGUCUUGAAAUAUGAGGACAGCAUCCUUUGAAAAGAAUUUCAGCCCAGAGUUCUGAAGAAUUUUAACUGCAAGAAAAAAUGCAAAUCUGGACAUAGGUAGAGUAAGAAAUAAAUUGAGAAAAACACUGUGAGGACAGGCAGGAGGAGAAAUAAUACAGAUAAACAUGAAAUGUAACACCUAUGGGAGGGGAACUUGCUAUGCAUUUUGUCAUUAAGCAUUUUGCACGCUUUUGUGAAUUUACAGAUUUUUAUAGCAUACUAUUCUGUAGGGGAUUUUAUAACUAAGCUCCCUAGAAAUGCUGUGCACUAUAAAAUAUGAGGAAAUCCUAACCUGCUCUUUGUUUGCUUGUUUUCCUAGUUUUUCUCUUGUGUGUCUUACCAUGCAAGAAAAAAAAACAAACCUCCUGUCUUUACUUGUAUUGGAUUGCUUUAAUUAUACUAUUCUAUGUCUUAGUUUAUAUGGAUUAUAUAAGGAAAACAGGAUAACAAUGAGGAAGAAAAAGUAGGAAGAAUAAUAAUUUAUGUUGCUUAUGCCUAUGUGCAUGUAUUAUGCAAGUAAGUAUGUACAUAGAUAGGUUUUGACUGGAAAUCUUUGGCCAUUCUGUUGAACUGAUAGUGUCUUAGUAAUCUGUAGGAGUAAAAUUUGGGAUAUUCAAUACUGAGAAUGCAUAGCUAUUAUUUUAGGGGGGGGAAUCAAUGAUACCAAUACUUCAGUAUAUUGUGCUAAUUAGUUUUUAGUGUAUCUAUGUAUCUUAAAAAAAAGUCUGAGGGGAGGAGGGUAGCUUUGCAAAUACAGUAAAACACUGAGAACUCAGUAAGCUCAUUGUUAGAACGUAGACACUUAUACAGUUUUAAAGAUAUUAAAAAAAAUUGUUUUAUAAAAUAGUUUCUUGCACUUUACCUGCUGGCUUUUCAAUUUGAUAGAUAACAUCUGAACUCCAGCAGAGUUUUAUAAUCCCCACGUGCUUAAAUAUACUAAAUGUUCUUUUUCCAUUAAGGUUAAUGUUCGUGAAGAAAUUGAAGAGUUUUUUCCAAGAAUGUGGAAGAUAAAUCAAGAUAAAAGAAGGCUAAUGAAAAGUAUUAAAGAUCAGAAAAUUAAAAUUGAAUGGGGGAAAAAAUUGAACAGAAGAUUGGUCAGAUAGAAGCACUUGAAUAUUUUUUUAAGGCUAUAAUGAAUUGUUUGAAUUGGGGAAGAAUACACGAAGUAUGAAAAAUGAAAAACUCAAUGAAGAAUGAAGAAAAGUAGAAAGCAAGAGUGAAGUAGAAUUAAAAGAAUCUGGAAGAAUGAAUGGGUCCUAGGUUAAGUAAAUGAGUCUCGCUCCCAGUCAAAAUCUCCAGCUGGGAGUCCUGCUCGUGUAAAAUCGGAGAGCAGGUCAGGAUCUCGCAGUCCAUCGAGGGCUUCCAAACAUUCUGAAUCGCACUCGAGGUCAAGAUCAAAAUCAAGAUCCAGGUCCAGAAGACAUUCGCACAGACGUUACACUCGUUCCAGAUCCCAUUCUCAUUCCCAUAGGAGACGUUCUCGAAGCAGAUCGUACACCCCAGAGUACCGUCGUCGAAGGAGCCGUAGUCAUUCUCCUAUGUCCAACAGGAGAAGGCACACUGGCAGCAGAGCUAAUCCAGAUCCCAAUACCUGUCUUGGAGUGUUUGGUCUCAGUUUGUAUACCACUGAGAGAGAUUUGCGUGAAGUCUUCUCCCGCUAUGGACCUUUGACCGGUGUCAAUGUGGUUUAUGAUCAACGGACUGGACGAUCAAGAGGAUUUGCUUUUGUUUACUUUGAGAGAAUUGACGAUUCUAAAGAGGCGAUGGAGCAUGCAAAUGGAAUGGAGCUGGAUGGCAGGAGGAUUCGAGUGGAUUACUCGAUCACCAAGAGAGCACAUACACCCACCCCAGGCAUCUACAUGGGCAGGCCAACACACAGUGGAGGAGGUGGUGGCGGUGGAGCUGGUCGUCGCCGGGACUCAUAUUAUGAUAGGGGCUAUGACAGAGGAUAUGACAGAUAUGAAGAAUAUGACUACAGAUACAGGAGACGAUCACCAUCGCCUUACUAUAGUCGAUACCGAUCACGAUCAAGAUCCCGCUCCUAUAGUCCAAGGCGCUACUGAAGGUCAGAAGAGUUCCGGUUGAGGACUUGAUUUUUAAAUACAAAGUUCAGAUCUCUAGCUUCCCUACUGCUUUCCCUUCUAUCCUCCCUUUCUUGUCCUCUUUCCAGCUCUUUCACAAGUCUUUGGUUCAUUUAGAAUAUACAUGUUUUCAGUUGAAGUAUUCCUAUUUUCCAUCCCUCCUUAUUGUAAUACUCUUAAAUAUUGUAAUUGUUGUAGUUUUUGUGUAGUAAAACAUCUUGAGCAAAAUGAAAUAGAGAACCCAAAGUGCUGAUACAUUUUGGAAGUCAUUCCUAUUUGGUUUUUAAAACAGUUGCACUCCUGACUAAUCAGAAGAGAGCAUUGAUAUUUUUAAAGCGUGCAUGUCAUGUAUUAUACACACUCAGAUACUUUAACAUAAACCUGCAUUUCCAAGUAACUUGUUAAUCUUUCUGUUAAAAUGUUUACCUAUUACUUUGAUAAACAAGUAAUGACUUUGAGCCUUUUCUGUAAUGAGAAAUUUGCUUAGAUAGUCAUGAACCAGAGGAAAUUUUUUUUUUAUUUUUUUUUUUUUUUUUUGGUCAAGUAGUUGCUUUGAGAGUAGACUAUUUGAGCUAGAGAAAAAUUUGGUACUUGACUGGCUGGGAGAAUAGAUCCUUGUACACUCAAGAAUUAAGGCUGUGUUUUAUAGAAAAAAGUUUCUGGAUUGCUACACAGUGGAUAACAAAUGAAGUUAAAACUGUUGAAAUCCUGGGGUUUUCAUUGUACUUGGUUGGAUAUUUCCCCUUAAUUGGUGCAGGAGAAAAAAUAUUUAUUGAACAUAGCAAUUAGUUGUAUAAUUUGCUGUUCAUUAAAAAAAUUACUGACUUUUUGGUAUUGCAAUAAUGAUUGAAAAAGUUUUGUUUCAAGUCCUUUUUGGAAUUUUGAAAGUAUGGAUGGAAAAACCUACAACUACAUGUAAACCUUUUUUCUUCCUCAGUAAAAGUUAAGUCCACUGA